ACCAAUAACGACACGUAUCAAAAAACGACACGCUUCAUUUUCUCAAAACCAAAAUUUACCACCUUAACUCCCGAUGGAGUCUGUUGCCUCCACUUCUUCAUCAACAUCACACAACCACCGUCCUCAGCCGCGGUUCAAACCCACGCAGCCCAUCGCAGACAGGAUAGUCCGAGCCCUCCGCCACCAACUCCGCCUCCUCCACCGCUCAGAAUCCAAGUUCUUCGUCUUGGGUGCCACGGGAAAUGUUUACACUGUAACCUUAUCAGCCACACCUUCAUGCUCGUGCCCUGACCGUUUAACACCAUGCAAGCACAUCUUGUUCAUCUUUAUUCGAGCACUGGGUGUUCCUGUAGAUGAUGUUUGUCUUCGUAGGAGGACUCUGAGGCCAUGCCAGCUCAACCGACUACUCGGCUCGCCUACCUUGCCUGACUCACUUGCAGGGGCUAGCGUACGCGAGAGGUUUCAUCAGCUAUUCGUUCAAGCAAGGCAAGGUGACAAUUUGAGACCAGUCGUUGAGGUAGAAGAUGGAACUACGUGCCCAGUUUGCUUGGACGAGAUGGGAAAGGAAGAGAGAGUUGUGAGGUGUGGGACUUGUAGGAAUCCAAUUCAUGAAGAAUGUUUAUUGAAGUGGAGGAGAAUUAGGGGAAGAAGGUCAGCUAGUUGUGUGAUAUGUAGGGCAAGGUGGAGGGGGAGUGAUCAAGAACAGUACUUGAACCUGGCUGCUUUUGUUAGCGAGGAGGACAACACAGGUGAUCACGGCGGCGGUGGGGGUCUGGGUCUUGGUCUUUGUGGUGGUUAAGUCUAUUUCAUCAUCUGAUCUCCGGCAAGAAGGAAAAUGCAUGUUAGGCUUUGGGUUUGGGAUAUUUGUUAAUUUGUAUAUAUUACAUGCGUAGAACUUUGUAAAUUUUUAAGGGUUAAACAGUGUUUUCGACUUCAGUUUU